AUAAAAUGUAAUGUAAUAUUAUGAUAUGUAGAAAUUAAGAAAGACGGAGAGAGAUGGAGGUGAUGGAUUAUGUCGGCCAAAUUUGGAUUUAUCUUAAAGGCAGAUUAACGUGGCGGCCGUGCCCAGACGACAGAAUAGCAGCCAAGUAGGAAACAAAGACACCAAACCAAAUCUUUAACUUGGUACUUUUAGUUGUUAAAAUUAACCAUGGAAGGAGGGUGCUGUACAUCGUCAACAAGUACUCCAAGUUCAACUUCAACAGCAACCACAGAGAAACGGAAGCAUAGCAGGCAACAAAACCAAGAGAAGCCAUACAGAGGGAUAAGGAUGAGGAAGUGGGGUAAGUGGGUAGCAGAAAUUAGAGAACCAAACAAGAGGUCUAGGAUUUGGCUUGGGUCCUACUCAACACCAAUAGCUGCAGCUCGUGCUUACGACACGGCUGUUUUCUAUCUGCGAGGCCCUUCUGCUAGGCUUAAUUUCCCUGAUUUGAUAUACCAAGAAGAUGAGCUGCGAGAUGUGUCUGCUGCUUCUAUACGCAAGAAAGCCACUGAAGUUGGGGCUAAAGUGGAUGCCUUACAAACCGCUGUCCAUGCAUCACCAGAAGAUAACUCACGGGUGUUGCUUUCAGAGAAACCUGAUUUGAACAAGUUCCCAGAAAAUUCUGAUGAAGAGUGAUCAAAACAAGAUCGUUGAUUAGCAGUUAUAAUUAACUGUCUGUAUCUUUUUUUUUAAUAAGUCUAUCAAGAUCUUUUUGGUUAGCCAAGGCGCAUAUGUAGCCGGAGAAAAAUUUCUGGCAGAAAAGAAAUUAAGUCGUAGUUGAAUCAGUACGUAUCAGUAAUAGAUACUGUCAAAAAUGAGUUCUAGUGAUGAUGAUCGAUCACUGGUAACUGGUAAGCUGUAACAAAUUAAAUUGAAGUGAGCUAAACUGUUUAGUGAAUAGUUAUUUUAGUUUAGUUAGUUAGUCAGCAAGUUUUAAUUCUGUGUUUGUCUUGUCCUUUAGCAGUGUUGUGUGAUAUGUUUGUACCGUUGUAAUAAUUCCAAAUUAAGAGCUGUGAUGAUGAGGGGAGGAAGAAGAAUGGCCAUGGAAGGUGGGGAUAUAAAGAAACAGCCAUGGCCUACCUUUCCCUCUCUUAACAGCGAUGAAGCUAGCGUAAUUUGAAGUUUCCAAGCAAAAGAAAUCAAGUAGAUAAGGAGAUAAGGCAAGAGCUUGGGCACCAAGCUGUGGCACUUGUGACGUGCCUGUGGACACCACAAAGCACAAUGACAUACACACUGCUGUAUGAGAGCAAGUGGUCCUUAAUCAGAAGGUGGUCGCCUUCAUGGGAUGGUGGAAAGCUUACGAAAGGUUGUUUGCUGGAAGUUGAUGGGGGUGAUGAAAGCCAAAGGUGGGCGGUGAGUGGGUUCUUAGUUUCCUUCUUUUCUAGUAUAUGUUUUUUAAUUUGUUGUUUGCUUUGGCUAUACAUGCAUUUAGCUCUAGCUGCUGUCAAAUGCUGGUGCAUGUGGAGGCCUUGCCUGUGAAGUGUGCGAGGACCAUUUAUAUAUAAUAUAUGAUAGGGUUUCCCUCAA